UGUCGGGGCGGCGAGACGCGUCGCGAAAAGUCGCGGUGGAACUUACCUGCGGUGUACAGAUCUGGCGCUUUACGCUGCUAGGCUCUGCCGAGCUGGGAGAUGUCGGCUGCGGGCAGGGCAGAGCCCUUGGGUCCUCCCGGCAGCUUUGCGAAGCGGCUCCUGGUGACCGGGGGUGCUGGUUUCAUUGCAUCACAUGUGAUUGUCUCUUUAGUACAAGAUUAUCCCCACUAUAUGAUCAUAAAUCUAGACAAGCUGGAUUACUGUGCAAGCCUGAAGAAUCUUGAAACCAUUUCUAACAAACAAAACUACAAAUUUAUACAGGGUGACAUAUGUAAUUCUCACUUUGUGAAACUGCUUUUUGAAACAGAGAAAAUAGAUAUAGUGCUACAUUUUGCUGCACAAACACACGUAGAUCUUUCAUUUGUACGUGCCUUUGAGUUUACAUAUGUUAAUGUGUAUGGCACUCAUGUUUUGGUGAGUGCUGCUCAUGAAGCUGGAGUGGAGAAAUUUAUUUACGUGAGCACAGACGAGGUGUACGGAGGCGGUGUUGACAAGGAAUUUGAUGAAUCUUCACCCAAACAACCUACAAACCCUUAUGCAUCAUCUAAAGCAGCUGCCGAGUGUUUUGUACAGUCUUACUGGGAACGAUACAAAUUUCCAGCUGUCAUCACACGAAGCAGUAAUGUUUACGGACCACAUCAGUAUCCAGAAAAGGUUAUUCCAAAAUUUAUAUCUUUACUACAACACAACAGGAAAUGCUGCAUUCAUGGGUCUGGGCUUCAAACGAGAAAUUUCCUUUAUGCUACUGAUGUAGUAGAAGCAUUUCUCACCGUCCUCAAGAAGGGGAAACCAGGUGAAAUUUAUAACAUUGGAACCAAUUUUGAAAUGUCAGUUCUCCAGCUCGCCAAAGAACUAAUACAAAUGAUCAAAGAGACUAAUUCAGAGUCUGAAAUGGAAAACUGGGUGGAUUAUGUUAAUGAUAGACCUACCAAUGACAUGAGAUAUCCAAUGAAGUCAGAAAAAAUACAUGGCUUAGGAUGGAGACCCAAAGUGCCUUGGAAAGAAGGAAUAAAGAAAACAAUUGACUGGUACAGAGAGAAUUUUCACAACUGGAAGAAUGCAGAAAAGGCGUUAGAACCGUUUCCAGUACAAGCAUCGUUUGUAUAGUCAAGACAGUUUGCAGAGAAAGAAGAAAAUUAUCCUACCUCGACAAGCCAUAGGAAACCAAGUGACCAAAUGAAGUGUCCUCUUUGCUUUUGGAAUUAAAUUCAUGACUUUCUGCAUAAAAUUCAAAUGCAAAACGCCUCAAUCUUUAGAAUAGGUUUGGUGCUGCCAUAGGAUUUAAAUAUCAAGAUUCUUUCUGGAAACCUUCCUCCUGAAAGUUAGACACCAGAAGGCCUAGAAAGACCUCUUCAUAGGAGGGGGCCAGGAAGAUGGAAUCUCCUGGUUCUGAGAACAAGGACGGAGAAUGGCUCUGCGCUGAUAAUAACCUUCGCGGGCCCCAAACCGAGUUGCCCAACCUUCCCGCCUGCCUAUAAGUCUCUCAAGCUUCCAUUUUUAGGCCACAUAGGAGGCGCUGUCUGUCCUCGUUCAUCUUUUUUAUUAAAGGUCCAAUGUGCUGUAAUUGUUUUAAAAAUGGAACAAUGGAAGCAUAUCUAGCACUUUUUAACUUUAGAUAAUUUUGUAAAAUUAAGUCAAACGUUUUUUAAAAGAAGGAUGUAGUUUUUAUAUUUUCAAAAUCAGUUGUUGGACUAUAUAUAAGUAACCUCAUCUAAGAUAUUUUAUCAUGUAUUUGCCAUUUAAAAUGAUUUUAUUUAUAAAAGUAUCAAUAUUAUAAUGUAUUUAAUGUAGAAUGUGGCUGUAUUUUUAGUAAGGUAUGUAUUUUGCUGUAGAAAAAAAUUUUUAAUGUCUUGAUUAAAUACCUUUAAUUCCUCUCUCUCCUAAAGACUUUAAGAUGCCUUGAAAAAGCAGCUGGCUGGUUAUUGCAUUGACAGAGGGAGAGGAGCCGAAGGUUGUUCCCAGCUUUCCGGCUUCCGUGCAAGAGUGAUGACUUGUUUCCUCUGUGAAGUGGGAAGCAAGGCCACUCACUCGCAGGUGGUCCAGGGAGGGGGAGAAGAGUGGAGUAAGGGCCUCGAAGAGGUAGAGAUCCGGAAAAGAGUAAGCAGAUCCAAAGUUAGUAAGAGUAUUUGCCAAGCAGGAGUGAAACACAAAUCGAAGUUGAACAUGGUAGUUUCAGAAUUCUGAGAUGUGGGGGGCAUCAGGGUGGCUCAGUCAGUUAAGCAUCAGACUCUUGAUUUCAGCCAGGUCAUGAUCUCAUGGUCUGUGAG